CGCCAGCGGUUGGUCAUCGAAUAUGUUAUGCGAUAUCAUUUAAUAUAUGUACAUGUGGGCACGUGAGAACAUUUGUGUUUUGAUUGUGAUAACAGUGUGUACAAAUAGUACAGAUAGGGCUCUGUUGAAACGGCAGACACGUUUAUACGACGUAACGGAAGAUAUGUUUAGAACCUUUACAAUUAUUUAGACUGUUAAAUGUGGACGUGUUUAACAAGAAAAUAACACAAAAGAAUUAUCAAAGCGUGUCUCAUAAAUAAAUUAAAUAACGGCGGCGUUAAGUGUCCUAAAUUAUUACUUAAAAUGGAGAUAACAACGGCAAAAAUAAUCGCCUGCUUGGCGUUGGGCAUUGGGUCCUUCUUCACGGGAAUGAUACCAGCUGGAAUAUCGGAAAGUACAAGACAAAGACAUCCUUUGACCAUCUCAUGUCUACUCUGCUUCGGUGCAGGCGUUCUUCUAGCGACAUCUCUAGUACACAUGCUACCAGAAGCAAGGGAGGAUCUUCCGCAGUUUUCAGAAAUUCUCCUUUGUGUUGGAUUCUUCAUGGUUUACUGUGUAGAUGAAAUAGUGCAUAUUUUCUACGGGAAUGGAGACAGGCCUGGACACCAAAGACAGAGUUAUGGGUCUGAGCAGACAAGUUUGUUGCGGCAUCAUGACGAUUUGAGGGGGGCCGAUGGGGAGAUGGACCCUAGGAGGUGUUGUGGUGACACGGAGAACCCCCGGAUGUGUCAUGUCAGUCACACUGAACCCUGUAAUAAGACUUCUUCUGGAUUUGUUGGGCUGUUGUGCGCGUUGUUUGUGCAUAGUUUACUAGAAGGACUGGCAAUAGGGUUGCAGAAAAGUUCAGCACAGGUGUUGCUACUUCUGGGCGCAGUGGCCUCCCACAAGUUUGUGGUUGGGUUCUGUCUGGGCGCAGAGCUGUGCGCGGCUGGCCGCGCGCUAUGCGCUCACGUGGCAUGGGUGGCAUUGUUUGCCGGUGGUUCUGUGGCCGGCAUAGCCCUCGGUGCGGGGCUUGAGGCCGUACAGAGUAUACAGGACUCUGUAGCUGUUCCUAUUAUGCAGGCAUUAGCGGCGGGUACUCUUCAUUACGUGACAGUCAGCGAAGUGUUGCCUCGCGAACGAGCUCGUUUCCAUGAGCAGAAGCGCUGGAGUGGGAUGGCGCAGUUGGCGGCAGUACUGGCCGGCUUCGCGGGCAUGUAUCUCAGCACGAGAUACUUGGAUCAUGACUGAGCUUAGUGGAUCUAAGUUAAAUUAUUCAAAAUUAGUUAAGAUUUAGACUCACAGUGUUUUAAUUACAUAAUAAUGUAGAUCUCUGUGUAUUUGUAAUAAAUAC